AAGAGAGUGGUUUUUAUCACUCAACAAAAACCAAAGCUUAAGCCAUGUCCACCAUUCUGCCAAGUUCUCUUUCACAUGAAAUCUUCUCUUCAUUCCGUAUGCUUUUCUUCACUAUCUUUCCACUAUUCCUCAUUUCUCUUUUUGUAAUCAUAAAAUAUUGGCAUAAUUCCAACAAUUCUUCUACCACCAAAAAAAACUUACCUCCUUCACCUCCAAGAAUUCCUCUACUUGGUAACCUCCAUCAAUUUGGUUUGUUUCCUUACCGCACACUCCACACUUUAUCUCACAAAUAUGGCCCUUUAAUGCUUCUUUAUUUUGGGAAGGUUCCAGUACUUGUAAUUUCCUCUGCUGAUACAGCAAGAAAAGUAAUGAAAACUCAUGAUUUGGUUUUCUCUGAUAGACCAUAUCGUAAAAUGAAUGACAUACUUUUAUAUGGUUCCAAAGAUAUGGCUAGUUGUGGAUAUGGUGAAUAUUGGAGGCAAUUAAGGAGUCUAAGUUUGUUACACAUCUUAAGUAACAGAAGAGUUCAAUCUUAUCGUCGUGUGAGAGAGGAAGAAACAUUACGAAUGAUGAAACAUAUUAAGGAGUGUUCUUCUGCAUCGCCGUUGAAUUUAAGUGAGUUGUGUGCUACAAUUACUAAUGAUAUAGCAUGCAGGGUGGCACUUGGAAAAACAUACCGUGAAGGAAAAGGUAAGAGAUUUCACAAGUGGUUGUUGGAGUUUGGAGAGUUAUUAGGUACUGUAUGUAUAGGAGAUUAUAUACCAUGGCUUGAUUGGUUGGGAAAAGUAAAUGGUCUUUAUGGCAAGGCAGAAAAAUGUGCAAAAAUUUUGGAUGAUUUUAUAGAACAAGUAAUUGAGGACCACAUUAGUCGUAGAUCUGAUGGAGAUGUUGAGAAUGAGGAGCAUAAUGAUUUUGUGGAUGUUUUACUUUCUGUUCAAAAGACUGAUGCUAUUGGCUUUUCCAUUGAUAAAACUGCAAUCAAGGCUUUGAUACUGGACAUGUUUGCCGCAGGUACUGAUACUACCUACACAGUUCUAGAAUGGGCAAUGACAGAAUUAUUAAGACACCAAACUGUGAUGCAUAAAUUGCAAGAUGAGGUGAGAACUGUGGUUGGCAACAAAACUCAUGUAACUGAAGAUGAUUUGGUUAAUAUGAACUACUUGAAAGCUGUGAUCAAAGAAACUCUUCGCCUCCAUGCACCAGUUCCGUUAUUAGUCCCUCGAAAAUCAAUGGAAGAUAUCAAACUAAAUGGCUAUGACAUUGCAGCUGGUACACAGGUAAUAGUCAAUGCUUGGGCAAUUGCAAGAGAUCCUUCAAGUUGGGAUCAACCUCUAGAGUUUAAACCAGAAAGGUUUAUGAACAGUUCAAUAGAUUAUAAAGGAUUGGAUUUUGAACUUAUUCCAUUUGGAGCAGGAAGGAGAGGUUGUCCUGGAGUGUUGUUUGCUAUUGCUGUCAAUGAAUUGGUGCUAGCAAACCUUGUUCACCAUUUUGAUUGGAAAUUGCCUGAUGGAGUUGCAGUGAAAGAUUUGGACAUGUCUGAAACUGUCGGCAUUACAUGUCAUAGAAAAUAUCCCCUCCUUGCAGUAGCUACCAAAUAUGAUAAAAAUGAAUGAUAUACCAUUUCAAUAGAGUGAAACUAUAGUUUUAUGUAUUAUUUGUGAAUAACUGUUAUUGAACAAUGUAUAUUAAUGUUUGAACUUUGUACAAAUUUAGUUUUAUGUACUAAUAAAUAACUUUGAAA